GCAGUUCGGGCACUUCGCACCACGGAGAAGACGGCUGGCAGCGACUACACCAGGGAGGAGAUGACGGCCCACAAGGAGGGCAUCUUGAGCUUCGUGCAGAAGCGCCAGCGCCAGACCGACGCAGGGCCAGCCGUCGCCGCCAAGCGGGCCAAGAAGUUGAAGGAGGAGCCCAGGAUGGCGUCGUUCGAUUGGCUGUGUUGUGUGGAGACGGCUCUUCGAGGUAUGGGGCGCACACUGCUGGACUGGACCCCCACAGAGGCCGACGACCCCGACGCGCCGUGGCCUGCGCACCAGCAGCUCCCAGCUUGUUUGACUACUGUGAUGGACCAGGAGCAGAAACAGUGGUGCGCUGCUUACUACCUCUCCUACAAGUGCCAAGGGCAGUUCGUGUGGCUGUUCGGACACAUGCACCGUCGCUGCAACGACGUCGAUCGCGGUCUCCAGCUCGCUGGCGUUUAUGGCACUUGUUUGCUGAGGCUGUUCGAGGCGAACAUCGCUUAUGGCCCCUGGGUGAGCGGCCAAUAUUUCGAGGAGUUGCAGGACAUGGCGAGGACCCUCGUCAAGGCGAUGACUCCAGACGACCCUCUUCUCCUGAAGCUUUGGCCGCAGAUCUGCAACGAUCACGGUUGGGCGCAGCCGUGGGAGACGGACGCCAGCGCUCGCCAGAGGUUCGUCGCUGGGUUCGCGGCCGAGGCUCCGUUCCAGAUCAAGGGCAGCAAGGCCGCGGCGAAGCGGUGGUUUUCCAUCCUGAAGAGCAUGCGGGAGGGCGACAAGCACUACCACACGAAGCUGCUGGCUCUUGCAGCCAUCGCGCAGGCGAAGGGCUGGGCCGAGCACUGGGACGACUUGUGGAACCCUGGCCCGAGGUUGGCGGCCGCCUGCCAACUGCAGCUGGGGGUGGCCAGCGUCGCCGUGGGCGGCGCUCCUGGGAGCGCGAAUUCAUCGGCGCCUGCUGUCGCCAAGGGGAAGAGCGGCGCUGCGGCCAAGCCCGUGACGGCUGCCAAGGCCAAGGCGUCGGCGAAGCAGAAAGUAGCCGCCGUGAUGACUGGCUCGGCGAACCACGUUCAUUCCCUUGCCAAGGUCAUGGCGAACCCAGAGCUGAUUGUAAAGAGCAGGAUGAUCCAGUGCGUGGCGGGGCCCUUUGAGAUCGAGCAUGCAGGCGCUACGGACAUGAGGGGGGCAGACGCAACCCUGGCCUACUACGCUGGCGUCGCUAACGGGAGCUGGUUCGACACCUUGAAGUCGUCGUUCAAGUCUCUCAGCAACGUUGAGAAGUUAAAGCAGAUUGGUCUCACCGUCGAGUUCGACCCCGAGCUUCGGGGGCAGCUGUCCGUGGCGCACCCCGCGGUGACGUGCCAGGACGCGGUCGCCACCGAGAUGAUGCACAUAUUCGCUUGCAUCGCCUCGGAGAGGUCUGCGAGCAUGGCCAGGUGCACGUGGUCGCACCCGCACGCGCUGGCCCCGAUUGCAGGCGACGACCCCGCGACGGCGGCGGCAUGCCUUGCAGCUGCGCGUGCACUGGGCGGUUGCAAAGGUGCCGACUGGAAUGCUCUCUGCAAAGCACGUCGGGUCAAGAGCCCGAUCAUCGAGCCGAUGGUUGAGCGCAACAGCUUGAACGUGAGGCCCAUGAGAGAUUUCUGCCGUUUCGCUGCGUCUGUCAAUUGGGAGCUGCAUCCGUCCAUCGUAGCGUUUGUGAGGAGGCUCUUCAGCGGUUUCGGCAAUGACAAGUUGGUGGAGGAUUCCCUUGGCACGGUGAGGGGCUCCGAGGCCCGCGCGUCCGCCAGCAAGCACAUGGCCCCAUGGCGCGUGUGGCAGGCCCCCCGUCAGCAUGGCGUGCUGGCGCAGUACGACAUGGAGGAGAUCGACACAGACGGCGUCGUCCCCAUCCAGGACAUUGGCGACGUGUCGUGCAUCUUCACUGGCCAGGUUGUCGCCGAGGAUGCGCUGGCCAAGUUGCGAGGCAUUCGUGGCGAGCAGACGUGGAUGACGUUCGACGCGGUGAGUGCUCGCCGCCAGCCUGCUGAUCAUCAUCUGCACAGGGUGCUUGCCUCAGAUGAGAACUGGCCGCUCUCCAACACUGCCUGGAGGUCGGCAUUGGUGCCAGAGCGUGUGUUCGUCUGCUUGAAGGACCCCGAGCCGACGGUGUUCCUGGUGCUGUACUCCUGCGAGUCAGCGUUGUUGGGAUGGCCCGCCGUGCGCAGCGCUGGGACGCAGCACGUGUCUCUGGACGCUCAUGCGCCAAAGCUGGUCUGGCACACCGUCCAUGACUUCGAGGCGGUCACUGUGCUCCCCCACUCGGUUGCGUCGCCGCUGCGUGCGUUCUUGGACGGCAGCCUCACGAGCACCAACAUGGGUCUGCUCACCAAGCUCGCCGAGCCCGUGCCGCUGCUGGACUACCUGCGUUCGGUCGGCUUCGCGGGCGUGAGCGAGGGCCUGAUGAAGAAGCUGUUCGGCCUGCGCAAGGCGGCCGCGCCCCAGGAGUGCGUCGGCGGCCUGGACUACGAGACCUCCCUCGCAGUCUGCCUGAUGAAGGAGAUCAAGCCGACCAUGACGCAGGAGGAGUCCCACCUCGCCUUGCAGAAGCGCAUCGGCCACAAGGCCGAGGAGGACUGGACCGAGCACAUCAACAUCGACGACGUCGAGAAGGUCGUGUCGUCGGGCGACAAGGACCAGCUCAAGAAGUUCGACGCUGGGCAGCAGGCCAACAAGGCACUGCGGGAGGCGCUGCACUCGGCCCUCGAGGCCGUGACGAAGGACAUGUUCAAGAAGGGUCCAGCGGCGAAGGGCGCCGCCAAGAAGCCCGUGGCAGCGCCCAAUGCCGCGAGCUGGUGGGCCACAGUCCGCGGAGACCCCGCGUGGCCCGAGAAGAAUCGGCCACCUGUCGGCAGCGUCCACGUCGACGACAUCGCUGGCCGUUUCCAGCUGGCGUACCCUGGCCAGGGCACCAAGUCCGUCGCGUGGACCAGGCGCGGCAUGGAGCUCGCGAACGUGGAGGCGUGCCGCGUCCUCUGGUCGCGGCAUUGCAAG